AUGACACAAACAAGUAGCAGCGAGGCCCAGAAUGGUGCCACCAAUGGAACCAAGAUUAACGACGGCAUUACCAAGACUCUCUGUAAAUUCGUGGCAGAGGCAAAAUAUGAGGAUCUCGAAGCGAAGGGCAUUGAAAAGCUGAAAGAUCUCAUCACCGACCACAUUGGAAUUUCUGCCGGCGCCGCCGUCGUUGCCGACUCUACGGAGCCAUUUCUAAAAGCUGUGACUGCCUUGCACGGCGAUUCAGGACAAUGUACUGUCUAUACCAAGGGCAAGAGAUUCUCUCCACAAUAUGCCGGCUUCUUGAAUGCCGCAUUCUCCCAUAGUUUUGACUUUGACGACACCCACGCGGCCUCGAUCCUCCACCCGGGCGCAACAGCCAUCCCGGCCGCCCUAGCCCAGGCCGAGGUGUCUGGCAGCGACGGCAAGACUUUCUUGUUGGGCGCCGCCGUGGGCUACGAGAUCACGACCCGGAUCGGCCGCGCCCUCAACUAUGGCGGCUACACCCGAGGCUUCCACAAUACGGCUGUCGCCGGCAUCUUUGGCGCCGUGUCCGCCAUUGCCAAGAUCAAAGGUCUCUCGACCGCACAGAUUGAAGACGCCUUUGGUCUGGCCUUAUCCCAGGCUUCCGGGUCCAUGCAGUUUCUCGACAAUGGCUCGUGGAACAAGCGCCUUCACCCGGGCUUUGCCGUCCACGAUGCUUUUGUGGUGGUCGCGCUCGCCGAGGCUGGUGCACUGGGUGCUACGAGACCGAUUGAGGGUAGAUAUGGAGUAUUGCAUUCGUACUCGACCACAUCUACCGCGGAGCGAAUUCUGGAAGGACUCGGUGCGGAAUGGAUCUUUACGGCAACGGCCAUGAAGCCGUUCCCAGCGUGCCGCAUGACCCACUCAGCCAUUGAGAUUGUCGCGAGCGUCGCGAGCGAGUCGCAAGACAAGCAAGUGGACAGCGUCCUCGUGGAGCUGUCGCCAGGUUGCUUCCCCAUCGUCGGCACCGAGGACCCCAACAAGCUGCAGCCCAAGACCAUUGUCGACGGCCAGUUCAGCAUGUACUAUCAGGUGGCCAUUGCCUGGCUGUACGGCAUGGACAUUGGCUGGAAAAUGUACGAGAAGCUGGCCGACGAGGCCGUGCUGGCGUGGUGCCGCAAGGUCAAGGUGGUCAUCAACCCGGCCGUGCUCGACCUCGAGGCCCGGGUGAAGUUUAACUUUUCCGACGGUACCACCCGCGACGAAGGCAUCGUGCAUCCUCUGGGCGAGGACGAGCACCCCUUCUCCAAGGAACGCGUGCACGCAAAGUUCCUGGGCAUGACGGAGCCGAGCUACGACGGCCCGACGCAAAAGGGGAUUCUGGCGGCCAUUGAGAGCCUUGACUCGCAUCCAGUGGCAGACCUGCUUUCUUUGCUGUGA